AUGGCGGCGCCCAUGGAGAACGCGACUAAAGGCACGCGUUUAUCGGGAAGCUCUACCAGUUUUCAGAAAAAAUCCCGCAGUAAACUGAUUCAGAUUCCUGGUACUAAACCGUCUGUUCAUACCGGGCAGCUCAUCGUCUCUUCCGGUGUUCCGUCACUGGACUGUGCUCUCGGCGGAGGUCUGGCAGUGGGAAGCCUGCUGCUUAUUGAGGAGGAUGAGUUUGACAGUUACUCACAUGCAUUGUUGCAGUAUUUCCUGGCGGAAGGGGUGAUGAGUGGACACGAAUUAUUUGUUGCUUCUGCUCAAGAUCACCCUGAUGACAUCAUAAAGGAUCUUCCAUCUCCACUUCAGGAUGAAGAUCCAGACCUUAAAAACGCAUCAUCGUCGAGUCCAGGUCAACAAGACGCCAUGAAAAUUGCCUGGCGCUAUCAGAACCUUCCUAAGUUCCAGAGCGUGCUGUCCUCUUCAUCUCGGUUUGGUCAUUAUUAUGACCUCUCCAAACAUAUGGAGCAAGAUCUUCUACAACAUGCCAAGAUUCACACGUUCUACCUGCCUGAAGAGCAACCAGCAUCUACACAUCUCAGUGGUGUUCUUGGACCGUACUCUGUGUUACUACACUCUAUCCAGUCACUAAUCAGACAAAAUGGGUUUGAUGGAUCAAACUCACAGGUGAAGACUUGUAAUGUGCUACGACUUGCUCUUCACUCUCUGGGGUCAGGACUGUGGGGUGAUGAUGUGUGUGUUAGCCCUGCCCACAAUCACGCCCUGUCGACCUUUCUCUAUGUCCUCCGAGGCCUCCUACGUUCCUCCCUUUCUGUUGCUAUGGUGACAGUACCCACUCACCUCAUCAGGAAUAAAUUACUAAGAGGGAGGUUGAUCAGAUUGAGUGACACCGCUAUUGCGUUGCAGUCGUUCUCCGCUGCAGACAGAAACAACUCACUUUAUAAGGACUACCAUGGUCUUCUGCAUGUUAUCCAGGUUCCUCGGCUGAACUGUUUGGGGUGUGAAGUUCCCGAUACAAAGGACCUCGCAUUCAGACUGAAGAGGAAACAGUUCACCAUUGAGAGGAUGUAUUUGCCACCUGAUCUCUCUGACUCAGUUAGUCGGGUCAGUAAAGUUCAGCUUGCUCCAGUUUGUACUUCUGAUGGAACCAAACACCUGGACUUCUAGAGUGCAUCCUCCCCUUUCAUAUUAAUAGAUAUCCUUCACUGUCAUAAAAUAACAUGUGUUACUCCAAAGGAAAAAAUUAGUGAUAUUUUAAUCUUAAUUAAUGUUCAUGUGUGGCACUAUGGAGAGAGAGAGAAUGUGUGUGUGAGAGAGCGAGAGUGUGAGUGAGAGAGAGUAGUGCUUGUAACCCUGUUGGUUUCGCUGGGAUUAUUAGGAGUCUAAUCACCGAACCCUUCACAUUCAUUCACUCACACACAAUCUUGUAAUAAUAACAUUCUGGGGUCAGUAGUCCCACACAUGUGUUGUGGGAACACCACUUUCCUGAGGUCCUACGGCUGUGAAAAAAAUCAGGCUUGUAUAAUUUAAGCCUGAGAACACAAAUAUCAUCUCAAAUUCUGGAUUUAAAUCACAAUAUUUCUGUGCUUGUUUUUUUCCACACACCUAAUGGGGACAUAAGACCUUAUCAUUAAUGAGGACCUAAUUUGCAUACACAGUAAAUAAGCUGGUUUUCAUGUUGCAGUGGGGACAUCACCAGAUAGUUAAUUUGCAUACACACAGAUCAGGUAAUUUAUAUAACAACAAGGGGACAUGGUUUUAAAAAACAAAGUUGUCAAUUUAACUCUAUAAUAAUUUAUACAAAAUUACAAACUAAGUAUGUCUAAUUUAGAAGGCUGUCUGUAAAGCAGACAUGAUGUGUAUUUUCUCUAUUUGAAGGUUUAAGCUUCUCAUGAAAUUAUAUUGAAUUGUUCUUAAUUGUUUAUACCAAGGACUCUUACCCUUAUUUGUGAAAUAUGCAAUCAGUGAAAGUUUGGUUAUCAAAAAGCUCUCUUACAGAAAUUUCAAUAUCUGCACAUAUUAGAUAACAUACUACAUUUUUUUUUGGAACUUUCUAUUACCAACAGAGGAACCCUUUGAGAAACUUGUUAAGGAAGGUGGUACCAGUGCCAGUACCAGGUAUUAGUUUUGAGGCUAUAAUUCUAAGAAGCGUUUCAUUUCCUGCUCCAAAGUAUACUUUUUUUUUGUGGAAUAGAAAGUAGAGGUGCUAGCUGUACUGAACCUCACUUAUUUAUCACAGGCAUGAAUCAUAAAUUAACAUUAUCCUUAGUCAUUUUGGCAAGUCAAAAUGACAAAGAAACUUAUCCUUUUGAUAUUUCAGCUGCAUGAAGGAUUUGUUUAUUGGUCUGGAUCUCUAAUCAAGUGAAAAAUUGUCAGUCAGAUGAAAAAACCCUGUCUAUUCAACAUCAUAAAGACGACUUGAGUCUUGAGGUUCUUUACUGUAAACGUCAACAAAUAUUUGCCCAUUAAAGCGCAUACUACUAAGGUCA